AUGUCGUAUAUUGUGCCUAUACACAGACCGACGGCGGUCCGGAAGGCUCUCAAGCUGAGCUUCCUAAGCCCCAACGAAGACACCCUUGUCGUCGCCAAAGCGAAUCGCCUGGAGUUUUAUUCUCCUUCCGCGGAAGGUUAUGCUGUUCGUAGCAGCCUGACAGUCUACGGCUACGUGACAAUAUUAGAGCGCAUCCGGCCAGCCUCAUCGAACACCGAUCACCUCUUUGUAGGGACCGACCGCUACCAAUACUUCACUGUCAGCUGGGACGAAACCACUCGGUCAGUAAGGACCGAGCAGAGUUAUGUCGAUCAAGCGGACAAAGUCCUGCGGGACUCAAAAGAGCUAGACAAGUGCAAUAUCGACCCUACGAGACGGUUCAUGACGUUAGAGUUAUUUGAUGGAGUCGUGACCAUCAUCGGCCUCGAUGAGAAGGGAGGCUCUAGCGUCACAAAGACUGCCGAAGCAGGAAACCAGCGCACAGGUGCGCUGCAGGAACCUACACAAGUCCGCAUCGAAGAACUGCAGACCAGAGCUUCCGCUUUUCUGCAGACAGAGCCCGAUUCAAAAGCACACCCUCGAUUAGCCAUUCUGUGGGAAGAUAACAACGAAGUACCGCAGCUGAAGCUCCGUGAGCUCACGUUUACCAAGGAUGAUGACGAGCCAGCCUCUGCCGAGCUCGAGACCAUAGCGGAACUACGGGCGGAGCUUGAUGAGGGUGUCAGUCAUAUAAUCCCUGUGCCUGCUCCGAUCAGCGGCUUCCUACUCCUGGGCGAGUCCUCCAUUCAGUAUGUCGAUAAAGAUCUUAAGAACAACCACACCGAGCCAUUGAAUGACAAAGCAACCAUAUGGACCUGUUGGACACGGGUCGACGACACACGGUUGUUGCUUGGAGACGAUUAUGGACGGCUAUUCUUCCUCAUGCUCGAAACGGACAAGAACAAUGUCAGAUCGUGGAAAUUGGACGCCGUCGGUGAGGCGUCGAGAGCUUCCACACUUGUCUAUCUAGACGAAGGUCUUGUCUUCAUUGGCUCUCAAACCGGCGACUCGCAGAUCGUUCAGAUACAGCCUGGCGGAGUGGAGGUCAAGCAGGUCUUCGACAAUAUUGCUCCUAUCCUAGACUUUUCAAUCAUGGAUCUGGGUCGAGGAGCAGACACUUCUCAAGCAGGCGACUUUUCGUCAGGGCAGGCACGGAUAUUGACAGCCUCUGGCGCCUGGACGGAUGGGUCAAUACGAAGCGUUCGCAGUGGUGUUGGUAUUGAUGAGCUGGGAACUAUUGCUGACCUGCCAGGUAUCACGGAGCUGUGGGCAUUGAGCUCGAAAGGGGAUCCGGUGUAUCAAGACACCCUCGUAGCAACAUUCGUGGACGAGACGAGGGUCUUUCGAUUCGAUGCCGAAGAGGCACUUGAGGAGCUCGAUGAGUUCCAGCACUUUGAAUUCUCACAGCCUACCUUGAUGGUGGCUAACUUGCCAGACGAAAAGGUCGUGCAAGUCUACGAGACAGGUCUGGCUGUCUCGCAGCUGCAGUCAGGCAUGAGCUUAUUCGGAUGGCGACCACCUGGCCAAGCCAAGAUCACAGCUGCCGCCGCCAAUUCGGUACAUCUAUUGAUUGUUGAGGGUGGUCAUACGCUCCACGUAUUUCAUCCUUCCAGCGACAAAGCGGAGCCGACCGCUUCGAAGCAUUUUGAUGCCACCCAACAGAUAUCGAGUGUCACCGUUCCAGAUUCUCAGAGUAACGUCUGCAUUGUCUCAUUUUGGCAGACAGCAGCAGUUGCAAUUCUGGAUCUUCACACGCUCGAGGCCCUCCACACUCAGAACCUUGGAACUCCUGGAAUCGCCAUUCCUCGGUCGGUGUUGGUGGCCAAUGUGCUACCUGACGCUCCACCUACGCUUUUCGUUGCUAUGGCAGAUGGCACUGUUGUGACAUACUCAUUCGACGCCUCGAAGAACACUCUCUACGGCGUGAGUCGUAUACUACUCGGCACGGAGCCUGUCCACUUUAAACUCCUCCCUCGUGAUUCAGGAUCAGGUUCUGAACUAUCGAAUGUGUUCGCGUCGUGUGAGCAACCAUCGCUGAUAUACUCGUCGGAUGGGAGAAUAGUCUAUUCGGCAGUAAGUUCGAACAAAGCAACGAGAGUAUGCCCAUUCAACUCUCCUGUCUAUACUGGUGCAGUUGCUAUUGCGUCGCCGGAAGACUUGAAGCUUGCUAUUAUUGGCAAAGAGCGAACGACGCAGUUGCAGACUUUGCCGAUCAAAGAGACCGUCAGAUGUCUCGCAUAUGAACCCAAAGCUCAGCUCUUUGGGAUAGGCUGCGUCGACAGGGGCAACGAAGGUGGUACUGAGUUCUUGACUUCCCGGAUCAAGCUUGCCAACGAGAUUACGUUCUCAACGCUCGACGAAAUGGAGCUAAGGGAUGAAGAGAUUGUCGAGUGCAUAAUGAGCACUGGCGAGUUCGAGACCGAUGAUGAAAGUUUUGGCGCACUCUUCGUGGUUGGUACGAGCAUCAACCCUGACGAAAAUUCGAUGGAUGAUUCCAAUAUACGUGGGCGGAUCAUCGUGCUGGAAGUCACAAAAGAAAAGAAGAUCAACCAAGUAUGCGAAGAAGAGGUCAAGGGUGCAGUGCGAAGUCUUGCGAUGUGUGAUGGCAGAAUUGUGGCUGGGCUCGUCAAAGCUGUCGUGCUCUAUGCUCUCGCACCCAAUCCUGCGAUUGGAUUCCGGGCGCUUCAACUCAAGCGCCUGGCGCAAAGCCGAAUAUCAUCCAACCCCAUGUCCCUAUCCGUCACAUCCGCAACAUCCACUUCACCCGCAACUGUCGCCGUCGCCGACCUGAUGAAAUCUCUGUCUAUCGUCGAAGUCAACCAUGCAGAGGGCGUUUUUAGCCUCAAAGAAGUAUCGCGUCACUUCGCCACCGUGUGGUCGUCGGCCGUCACUACCAUCGCCGAGAAUCAGUGGUUACUUGCCGACAUGGAGGGCAAUCUAAUCACACUUCGCCGAGAUCCCACCGGCCCGACGCCAGACGACCGUCGACGCUUGCAAGUGACGGGUGAAUUCCGUUUAGGCGAGCUGGAGCGCAGUUCCUUGGCGACGGACAAGCCGAAGCGUGAGGGUCCACUGAUCACGCCCCGCGCGUUUAUGGGAACCGUCGAAGGCGCCAUCUACCUGCACGGCACUAUUAAUCCGGCAUACCUGGACGUGAUGCUGCGGCUGCAGCGCCCUUUGGUGGAACGCGUGCGUGCGCCUGGGCACAUGCCGUGGGCGGCGUAUCGCGGGUUCAAGACGCAGGUGCGGGAGGCGGAGGAGCCAUUCCGCUUCGUGGAUGGAGAGGUGUUGGAGUCGGGGUUGUUAGAGCUUGAUGAUGGGGUUUUGGAAGAGGUGCUCAAGGAGGCGGGGUUGUGGAGCGCAGAGGAUGAAGGCGGGUUUGGCGUUACGGUCGAGGAAGUCAGAGGCUGGGGCGAGGAGUUGAGGAGGCUCUAUUAG